AUGGGACAGAAUAAAUCAAAAUAAAUAAUACAAUAUACUGCUGAACCUUUAUAAAUUGAAGUCUAGCCAAAAUAACAAUAUUUAAUGUUAUUUUAAGGUAAGGAAUAUAAUAUAAUCGACUAUUUUGAUGAAUCCCAUGUUAAAACAUCUUAUUCUACAUGCUAAUGUAUGCUAAGAUAUCUAAUUAAAAAAGGUAUAGAGGUGAGCAAAGAUUCACUAGCUUUAUACAUGAAAGAUUCUAAUAAUGAAUAAUUUUAUGAAUUUUAAAAAAGCAUUAAUACUGAGAAGUGUAAUUUUAUCAUGUUACACUUAUACUAAUUUUAUUUGUAAAUAAGAAUAGUAGAUAUAAUUUAGUAAUGCAAACAACUUAUUAAAAUAAAUGUAUAAGCUUAUAGGUAUGCUGAAUCAAACGAUUAACUAAUAUAGCUAUUUGGUAAAAUUAUAGAUUAUUAUGAGUAAUCUAACUGUUUACAAGAUGUAUAUUUUAAAAUUUCAUCAAAUACAAUCAAGAUAGAUUGUGAAAAUAAAUAUUUCUCAAUUGAAAUCUUUAAAUAGCAUCCACCACAAGAAUAGGAUAUUUAGCAAAUAAAUUUAUUUGCUAUGAAAUCAAAAUGCAAAUUCAACAAAAUAUAUAUAAAUAUUUAUGCAGAAAUUUUGAAAAACAGAAUAUUUUCUAUCAUAGAUUUCUUAUAAAAUAAUCAAGAAGAAUUAUAAAAGCUUGAUUUGAUUUUUUUCAAUGAUUUUUAAGAUGAAGAAGUUGGAUUAGCUCUUUAUUGUAUAACUCAAAUAUUUUAAGAAUAAAAAAAAUUAAAUGAAGUUAGUGUGUUUUUAACAAAAGAUCUAAAUCAAAUAUAAUUUGACAUAUAUGAAUACAUAAUUAAAAAUUAAAAUAUGGAAAAAUUUACGAUAAAUGAUAUUGGAAUAUGUGACAAUCUUGCAUUAAUCUAUUUUGAUUUAUAAAAAAGCAUGGAAGCUUAGCUUGUAAUUAAAAAAAUCAUUUAAAAUAAUCCUAAAAUAUAAAUUCUUAAACUGAAAAGAGACUUUUACUUAUAAGGUUAAUUUCUAUAAAAUUUUGAAGUGGAAAUUCCAAGAAGAAUUAAAUUAUAAAUUGAAAUAAAUAGUUACAACCUAACUCAGUAAUAAUAUUUAAAGAUAUUAAAGUAGAUUUCUCAUGUUAAUUAAUUUGAAAUAGCAGCAAAUGAUUCAUAUACAUAAGGAAUAUAAGGUAAAAAUUUUAUAAAUAUAUUAAAUAAAUAUGAAAAUGAGAUUAAAUUAUAUGCAAUUAUCUAUUUGAUUAUAAAAAAAUAACUUUAAAAGGUACUCUACCAUAAAGCUGAAUAUUCUUUCAUUGAUUUAUACAUAGAUUAAUGA